AUGGACAAGGCCCUGCCCAGCCAGGGCCCCGCCUGCCUCUCCGGCCUCAUCUCCUCACUCUGCCUCUUGCCAGGACUCUCCGACUGCCCGCCCGUCCUUCAGCUCCCUGAGAACAUCAAGCUUGUUCCCACCUUAUGGCUUCUACGCCUCUACCCCGCCCCGUCCCAACUACUACCAGUCCCUCAGUGCGGCCCCGAGAGUUUGGGGUCAUGCAGGGGGCGCCAAGAGCUCCUUCCUGAAACUGGACCCCGCCCACAGCAGCACAUCUGCCGCUCCGAAGUCUCGUCCCGGCUGGAACCUCGCGCUGUUACCAGCGCGCCCUCCGGGUCCCGGCUUAUCCCUUCCCUGCCCCCCGUCGGAGGCGCACACUCGACCGGGCGACCACGCGGGCAGCAGCGGCGGCGCCAGGCUCCGCCUCCGCCCCCAUUAUCAUUAGCAGAUAUUACCCUAAACACUUGCUCUUUACCUCCUUUCUCCCUCCAGGCAUUGGCGAGGCAGCCUGUCAAUCAGCGCUCUGGCGGCAGCCCCCCGCGCAGGGGCUCGGCGAUGCCAGCCUUCGCGACAGGCGGCAGUGGCGGCGGCGACGAGAGUCGUAUGAUCUUGGACGCUUUUGCUCAACAAUGCAGCCGAGUCCUUAGCCUCUUAAAUUGUGGAGGAAAACUUCUGGACUCCAACCAUUCUCAGACCAUGAUUUCUUGCAUAAAGCAGGAAGGCUCAAGUUAUAUUGAACGGCAGGAACCAUGUCCCGCUGGGAAAGGGGUCCACAGUCAGACCUCAGACAAUGUAGACAUAGAGAUGCAAUAUAUGCAAAGGAAACAACAAACUUCUGCCUUCUUGAGGGUUUUCACCGACUCCCUACAAAAUUACCUGCUCUCAGGGAGCUUUCCGACUCCAAACGCCUCCUCGGUCAGUGAGUAUGGCCACCUGGCGGAUGUGGAUCCACUGUCAACAUCCCCAGUGCACACACUAGGUGGCUGGACCUCCCCAGCGACAUCCGAAUCCCAUGGUCACCCAUCCUCUUCUACACUGCCCGAGGAGGAAGAGGAGGAGGAAGAGGAAGGCUACUGUCCUCGGUGCCAAGAGCUGGAACAGGAGGUGAUUUCACUGCAACAAGAAAAUGAAGAGCUCAGAAGAAAGUUAGAGAGCAUCCCAGUGCCCUGCCAGACAGUUCUAGAUUACCUGAAGAUGGUCCUGCAGCACCACAACCAGCUCAUGAUCCCACAGCCAACCGACCAGCCGACCGAGGGAAGCAAGCAGCUAUUGAACAACUAUCCUGUCUACAUAACGAGCAAACAGUGGGACGAGGCUGUAAAUUCAUCAAAGAAAGACGGGAGGCGGCUCCUUCGAUACCUCAUCAGAUUUGUUUUCACAACCGAUGAGCUUAAGUACUCAUGCGGCCUUGGGAAAAGGAAAAGGUCAGUGCAGUCAGCAGAGACAGGUCCUGAAAGACGCCCUCUGGAUCCAGUUAAAGUAACAUGCCUCCGAGAAUUCAUUAGGAUGCACUGUACCUCCAACCCCGACUGGUGGAUGCCCUCAGAGGAACAGAUAAACAAAGUGUUCAGCGACGCUGUGGGUCAUGCCCGGCAGGGGCGGGCAGUGGGGACUUUCCUGCACAACGGUGGCUCAUUUUAUGAAGGGAUUGAUCACCAGGCUUCCCAGGAUGAAGUCUUCAAUAAAAAUUCCCAGGAUGGGUCUGGUGAUUAGUGGACAAAAGCCUGUCCACACUAGCAGCCGGUUCUCUCAAGAGUUCCAAUUGUGAAUGUCCUGUUACCAUCACUUUAGAAUCCAAAGCAUGUCAUUCUGUCAGACUUUACACAUCCUAAACCUUAACUCUCUUGACUUAACUUCCGUAAUUCCCAAAUAGAAAUCCAUUUUAGGGUUGUUUGGGAAGUCUGUGGAGCCCACAGAGAUUUUCAGAAUACUAUAUUACAAAAAGAAAAAACUACAGUUGGUUUUAAAUGAUUAUUAAUUAGACAGUGAGGAUGAAAAAAGUUAGGUGAGCUCCUGGUCACCUGUUUGAAAUCUUCAAGUAAGCUCUACCUCCUGAGCAGAGCUGGUCUCCACGGAGCAUUGGGUUAGUGUCCUGCCCACGGGAGAAGGUAGAGACACGGCAUUAUCUUAAGGGACAAGGAACAAGCAUUCUCUUAUUUCAGUUCAGAUAAGUUGUCUUUAUUUUCCAAAGACUUGAAUUUAUACUUCUCAGUGAAGACAUGGGCUAGGUGACAUCAUGUGCUGUGUCUCCAAUGACAGAGCCUAUUAUUAAAAAAAUCAGAGAACAGAGGCCACCUCUAGACAGUGAUUAAUUGGAAGUCAGCUGUUUUUCUGUUAGUUUUACAAAAAAAACUACCGUGUUGAUCAGAAAGGCACUCUAUGAUCUCUGGAGUUGACAAACAAAUAGUUUUCACUGUGUCAGUCAAGAAACAUCCAAAGAUCCAAAAGUGUUUUCAAAUGCUCGGUUUUGUAGGUUCAUAGAUCCACAGUUCCCACAGCCUUAAAUCGGGCUUUGUUGACGCAAUGCCAAAGUGAUGGUUUGAACAAUGAGAAUUUCAGUCAUUUGUUUGGUGCACUGAGGACCAAACAAGUAGUGUGACUGAUGGUAUUCACUGAAUUGACCAGAUGUUCCGGAAUUGUAUACACACAGCUUCAAGGCCAUUCUGACAACUAUGCAAUGGGCUUGUCUGUAAUUUCUCUGAAAUUGGAGGGUCUUUUUGUGCUGAGUUGAUCUUCAGAAUUUGCAUAAAUCUUGUUUCUCGUUGUCACCGAUGGAAAUGUCUCAUCCCAACCGUUGCGUGCCUCCUUGCUGCCAAUCCUCUGAGUGGCUGGCUCUGGCUGAGUUAGCGCUGAACCGCUCCCACCCACUUUCCCCAGUUUCACUUGUUGACCUCCAUCUGUGAAGUUAGUAGUAAUGUCUUUGGAACCAUUUCUUACCAACAUUUGCUCUAGAGUUGCUCAAAUCUAUUUCUAAGGACGUCAGGUUUGGAUAGGGGAGACUUCCUUUGUCGCCCUAACCAAGAUUGCUGCAUGCUUUGUACAGCAGAGGGGGCUCGGUGGGCAGCCUUGAUUGAAGGCUGCUUAUGUCAUCUACAAACAGGACUAAAGGUUUUGAAAAUGGGUUGCAACUUCAUUUCAAGUUUAUGAGCGUCCAUUCAUAAAGAGGGUGUGUUUUUUUUUUUGCCACUUUUUGACAAAAUGAAAUAAUAAAUUACCCUUUAUGGUCUAUAAUUAGCACCAACUCCUUGCAUGACCCUAGGAACAGGUCCUUCUUUAGCUUUUGUUAUGAUUUAGUUUCACCUGUUGAAAAGUUUGUUUAUGGAGAUGGUCAUGGUCUGUUAAAUGAUGUGGGGGAAAUUCUAGUAUUUCAGUCCUGGGGUAAGUUAGCUAAAAUUUGCAAGUAAAAGAGAUGAUAAGGGCAAAUGCGAUGUAGCUUGUGGGAGCGGUGCAACGAAUGUCUUUGACUCUCCAAGGAGAAAAGAUUCUUCCUGUGGAGUUUUCAAGGUCUAGAAAGUCAGUAUCUCACAAGAUUUUUGGUGACAGGAAAUCGUGGUCAGAAGAAAAAUACCACCAUAGUCUCAUCUGUCUCUCCAUCUUACUUUGUCUUUCUUUGCAUUGCGCUUUAGUUGCCUUACUGCUGAGUACAAUGUCUUUUUUUUCUGUAGCAGCCAUAUUUGACCACUGCCUUAAAAAAACAAACUUUCAGUUCUUACCGUUUUCCUGCCAGUUUGAGAAUUCCACACGUCCUCACAUCUCCGUGUCGUUGUGGUCUUCGCUGGGGUGGCGGUGAGAGCAUGUCCGCACUCGGUCUCUGUGGCCGGACAGGUUGGCGUGCUCAGAGAUCAGGUGAUUCCCCCGCUCCUGUCAGCAUCGCCUACAAAGGCCGCUGGGGUGGGGAGGCCCGGCCUCUCAAGCCAUGUGGUUGCACACAACCUUUGCUCCAGAGGCACACCUGGUCUUCCUCUCACCUUCAUUCCAGGUGAAUCAUUUAUCAGCUGUUUGCCAAUACUUCACAAAUUCUGAAACGUUGGCCAUCUCAUAUGCAUGUGAGCAAGGCCCAGAAAAAUGACUGACUCAGCAUCGCACGGCCAGUUCUCAUGCCUCUCCGGGGUCUAGGACCUACGAUCCCCUACCCCCAGUCAGGUGUUCCAUUACACCAUUGGUGUCGUUGCUGUGUCCUUUAGCCGAGCCCACCGCCUGACCCAGACACUAACGGCCACUUGGGCUGUGACAUGGCACCUGCUUCAGUAUUUUGCUGUCUCCUCUCCUUAGUCUACGUCCCACACUGCCAUUUGUGUUUCAGCUUUAGGGCUGGCGUAUUACCUAGUUCAUGGUGGUUGUCUGCGUGGUCAUCUGAUUUUUAAGUUAGGGCUUGCAAAGAUUGUUCACUUAUUUUUUUGGUUAAGACCAUUACAACCUCUGUAACAAGGUUAGAAGCUCACCACUGAGACAACUGAACACUGUCACUGCUCUGUCAGCCUUUCAGCUGAUCUCUUUGGAGACCUGAAGAUGUUGCAUGUUUUCUUCAUUUGAUUUUCUGCAUCUUUGACAGUUGGACAGAUUGCUCUCAUCACGAGACACUUAACACUCAUGGCAGCUUUUAGCAUCUUUCUUGAGCCAUCUUAGCAUUGCUGUAAAAGACUGAACUAAAACAGCUCAGCAUGCAGCUGUGCUCCACCUCGUUGGCCAGGGAAGAGGUCGUAGGGCUGGCCUGCCACCACACACCAAAUCUGGUAUUUUUGCCAGUGACUGGGUGUGGCCCAUGAUCCCAGCUAUCACGAGUGUCCAUACCUACCCACAAUGACUGAGUCUUGAUUUGUCCUGAGUUUUCCCAUAGGAAAACCACAUCACAGAGAGCAUGCCUGCUUUCCCAGUGAACUAAACCCCAGGUGCCAUUCCACUGGGCUCAGGAUAACCAUUAAGGGUGAUCUGUUUUUGAGGACGUAGACCAGGUACCUGGGGAGGGGACCAUAUUCUGCGAGCAGUUGCUAAGGUCACGUUUCUCAAGGUCUCUUUUGAAGGUCCACCGUUCACAAUCUCAUGGUUUAACCUCAGUGUUAAAUGUUAUGGAGAAAAACUUUCUUGAAAAUACUUCACUCAGUCCUUGAACCUGGGCAUCAUUCUCUCGGUGUUCCUCGUUUCCUCAGGUCACUGUCACAUUUGCGUUUCAUAAGGCUUCCCGAGGAAGGGAGCGGAUAUUAGAGCAUUUGCAGGAAAUCGUCAUCCUCUUGGGUGGGGAAAUUGAAGGCUACGUUAUACAUGUGGCUGCUUCACAGCUGUAGAGCAAGUGCGUGAUUUUAUAUUCUGGAGCUUUCUCAGCCCUUCUUCAGCCAUGAAUACAUUGACCUAAAAGAUUUCUUCAUCGGGAUUGUAAGGAGAUAUAAAUUACUAUAAUAGGUUAUUUGAUCCAAUCCCUCCAUGUGUCUGAUAUCAAUAGAAUGGUUUUUCUAAAUCCAGUAAAUUAUUCUUGUAAUGGCAGACAUUUUUCCAAAAUCUAGACAAGAAGACAAACUUGGGAAUCUACAGGCCCAUGAUUUCUACAUUUUCUGCCACUGUUAAUGGCUUGCCCUCCCUUCUGUUGCUACCAGAGAAUGGACGGAGCAUCAGGUUGGGUGAGAUAUGCACUCUUACUUCCAGAAGAGCGAACAUACAUUGCCCUCAGUUACAACUGUCAUUCAGUAUGUGCUCUAAAACCUAAACCUAAUGCCCACUAUGUCCUUCGUUUUUUCUUAGGUUUCAAUCAUUUAAAAAAGUCUCAUUCUUGGAUAACUUCGUUUUUACAAAAGAUUUAAACAUACAACAUUUCUCAUUCAGUGCUGUGGCAUUUCAUAGUACAGAUCCUUGUAAUUUUUGACAGCUCCUAUAUACCAGUUUUUAGGAAUGUAAUAGAAAUGAUUUUGCACAUACGGUGCAAGUCUUGCCGGAGUAUGUUUAAUGCAGUGACACUUGCCAAAACUGCUUGGCAAAACAUGUCAAAUAGAAUGCUUGAGUCAGAACUCUCGUGUGAAUGUGUCUAAACAGCAGUAUGUAUCGUUAUGACAUAUUUUUGUAAACAUAGUGAUGGCUGCUUUCAGUUGUGUAAGUACUAGAUAAAAAUAACCAUUUCACUCAGAAUAGUGUAGGAGAAUGUCACCCAGUUGAUGGCCAUCCAAAAAGUUAUUUGCAUAAUCAGCCAGUGGCAUUGGUUCUUCUAUUUGUGUUGUUUUUUAGAGGAAGGUGAAGAAUUGAUAUCAGACAACAUGGAGUGCAAAAACAACCCACGAAUACUUGUCUCUUAAUAUGUAAAAUUCGACUGUAAUAGAUAAAUUUAUACAUUAGAAGCCACUUUAACCCUCCGUGGUACAUUCAGUUGCAAGAAACAUUGAGAGGACUGGACUUCACUCAUCUAAUGACCUGCUUGCUCAGUCAGCUCAACUAUUGAAAGCACUAAAUUAUUAAGUCUACAUGGUGAAACUAGCCAGAUUAAUUUUCCUCAUGACUAUAUAGCUGAUAACAUAAGGGCUAGGUUUUCAUUGAAUCACAGGUCCCCAAAUUACAAUGAAAAUACAUCUGCUAAGAGGACUUAUUCAAAAGCCUUUUCAUUCUCAGAAUAAUUGCCCCAGUACAAGUAGCCCAUUGAGCCUUGUCCACCCUGGAAAUCUAUUUAGGCCCAUCCCAAACCACUGACAAUAACAGUGGCUGCAGCUUAUAUUCACUGAGUCCUUGAGUGCCAGGUACUUUGCUAAGCACUUUAAUGCAUCUUCUCAUUUUAGUCCUCACAGCCACUCUCUGGGCUGUUACUAGCCUCGUUUUAUUGUUAAGGACACUGCCCAAAGUACUUGGCCAAUAAGAGGAAAUCUUUGGGUUUAGUAAGCAGAAUGACUAGUUCAGUUUUCCCCUGUAGCCAAGGUUCUCAAAACCCCAUCAACACUUUGGAACAAAUUUGUUGUUUAACUAAAGUAGCGAGAAAAUUAAAAUUACCAAUUUGUUCACAUUUAUUUCACGGGUUCCCAGCAGUACAAAAAUACAGGGAUAUAAAAGCAAAACUUUAAGCUCAGUGAAGCGAUGUUCUUCGGGAACAGAGAUGUUAGAAUGGCUCCGGGCAUCAGUUAGCCAAUGCCCAUUCACUUUUCACGUCUGUUGUAUUCGUAGCCUUAGAACUGAUGAGUCUGGUUUGGAAGAGAGGGUUUAAUCCAUGAUGUCACUGUGAGAACUGUUGUGAAGAUUUUGUAGGAAAAUACAGUAAUCUGUUGAUUCUUUCCUGUAGUUUUGGCUUUAACAUCUCUGGCUGCAUUUAAGUUCAAGAGCUUGCCAUGCCUUUAGGGCCUGGCUUUGUUUCUAGGGAACAGGGCAUGCCAGACCAUGAGAGGAGUCACUGGUCCAGCUCAACCCUGCCAACAUUGAAGCAUCGCCUUUGUGUGUUUCUUCUCUGGAACUUUGUGUAGCAGCCUAACACUGGGGCCAACUUGCCUUUACUCUAUUUUCUAUGAUAAAAACUUGUGGAGAAACUGUGACAAAUCCAUUGAUCUUAAUAUUUUUAUUGUUGAAGUCUUGUUGAUUCUCUAUGAAUAAUUUCUAUUUGAUUGUAUUGUGUAGAGUUAAUGCCCACUAGGGACAUGUUAAUAAAACUAUAAAUGCAUAGUGUAAUAUAGAAUAGCAAGAUUUUUGUGAACAAUUUAUAUAGAAGAGUAAGUUGUUUUUUAAGUGUUAGGCACAUUUCUUUUAGGAACUUAAAAUGUUAUAAGAGUUUUUUAAACAUUCAAUAUUUUUAAUUAUAAGAAACAUUUGUUACUAGAGCCAAUUAUUUCAGGUGUUCUAAUUGGAGUAUUGAUUUUAUUACCUCAUAUACCUCUAGAAUGCCACAUGUUCUGUUGGAGAGAAAAUUGCACAAUAAAUGUCAAGUCUCUGUUAA